AUGUCUGAAAAUCGUGGCAGUUGGCUCAGCACGGCAACUGGAUUGUUUUUCAGCUGGGCUGCCUUGUCUCUCGGGGUGCGAAUAUGGGUAAAGCUGGGCAGAAAUCAAAAUCGAGGACUCGACGAUUAUGCCAUCUUGGCCGCCUUCGUGUUGGUGGUGCUGCAUGUAGCGGCCAAUUUCUGGGCCAUACAUUACGGCUAUGGACUUCCUCUAGAUAGUAUCUCCGACUCGCACUUGGGCGACGUAGAAGGGGCGCUCUAUACCAGCCAAUUAUCCUACAUCAUCGCCACUGGCCUGACCAAGAUCUCAACUGCCUUCUUUAUCGGACGACUAACUCGCUAUGCUCCACAAGUCCGAAUGUCAUAUAUUCUCGCUGGGGUGACAGGUGUAUGGGUGCUUGCAUCAACUCUCGUCAUCGCUUUGCGUGGCGAUCUGGGGCGCCCUUGGGCCACAUUGGAUGGCUCAGAGACACUGUAUCACCGAUGGCUUGCAGUUGAAGCUAUUGGGCUUGCCAUUGAAGUCGCAUUAUGGGCACUCUCAAUAUUCCUCAUUUGGAAUCUCCAGAUGAGGCUCCGCAAGCGUGUAAUGAUCCUCGCCGCUUUCGGCUGCCGACUGUUCCUCAUUCCCCUGAUCGCACUUCGUCUGGUCUAUCUCUCUCCGGCGAAAAACGAAAAUCCAACAGUCACAAGCAUUAUACCGCACAUAUUAACCGAAGCGGCUCUGGAAUAUUCCGUCCUUUGCACCUCCAUCACCGCGCUUAAACCUUUUUUGCGACCUCUUCACUCAAGCGCAAUCGUGAACAGCGUGGGCGGCAACGCGUCCAACCCGUACAGCAGAUCCCAAGGAAGAGUACAGGGUAUCUACAUGCUCAGCUCGGUCUCAGGUAAGGAUAACAAAGACGAAUAUGAGACGACGACGACCGCUGUGGAGUCUACGAAAGACAACAAAGUCCAAGCUCCUAAACCCAUUUUCCGGCCGGAGAUUUCUGGAGGGGAGACUGUGACUUCAGUCCAAACUGACAUGCCUCGCGAUGACAUAGAGUCACUGGAGAGUGGCAGUUCGGAACAGAUGAUCAUACGAACGACGCGGAACUGGUCGGUUCGGUACGAAGAAAGAUGA